AUGACCACUACUACACCCACUCUGCCAGCGACUGAGUCGAAUGAAGAUCGCACUCGACUAGUUCCUCCCCACAUUGGUCGUCAUGUUCUGCCCAAUAGUCCACUCUUCGUGAAACUUUCCAGACAUGCCUGUUGCAAUCGCCUUGCCAUUAGAGACAAUAUCCUCAAAAUCAAGAAACCCUACGGAGACCUCCUAGCGGAUGUGUUGACCUAUCGGGCGUUUUUAGAAUCGUCUCUAGAGAGUAUAGUCUUGGAGAGAAUCGAACGAAACGAUGAGAUAUACAUUGGCGUGUUAGCUGCGAGAGGCUACGAGUUCACCGUCGCCAUCCUCGCAGUGCAUGCACUCGAAGCGGCAGUCGUGCCGAUGACAACCAAAAAUCCUGUCGAAAAGGCCGCAUACUUCGAGCAGAAAGCUUUCCACUCGUCCUCUGCGAGCAACCUCGCUCACUGGGUGAAGGAUCGAUUUGCAUCACUGGCGUCGUCCACCGGCCAAAUUCUUGAAUCACCAAAGCCCCCUAUCACCGAAAAGCUGACGCGUUUCCCAAUCACAUCGGCGCCUGUUGCCAUCCACAACUGCUUCCGCAAAGGCCCCCUUUUGUAUCUCUUGAUCUUAAUGGACGAGUCGACCUAA